AAAAUAUUUAAAAUAUGCUUUAAAUCGAUGUUGCGAAUUGCGAUAUGCGAUAUUUUACAACGUUCCGGUAAAUUCGGCAAUUUUUUAUAGCACCCCGCUUUGCGCAUGCGCAAUUGCCAUUGUAAUGCGAAGUAUUCCGAAUACGCUGUAUUCGCGGAAAUAUUGACAUUUCGUGAAACGGUUGUUUUAAUUUCUAAGAUAUACAUGUUGUUAGCAUUUUGAUUUAAUAAAUGACGAAGUGUAUUGUUGCGGGCUGCAGUAGUAGCACAACGAAAGGUGACAAAGUACACAAUGUCCCAAGUGUUAGAAAGAAAGCGGACAGAAAGACAUGGUUGUCGAAUGUCAACAGAUUGGACUUGAUGUGUAAACCACAAAAAAUUGUUGUGUGUAAUAAACAUUUUCAUCGGAAGUGUUACCAGAAAAACCUCCGGGUUGAAUACAUGGAAGGUAAAAUCCAAUAUGAUCUCGUACCAGGCUCAGUGCCAACUAUUGUACAAAGAGGAAAGUCAAGUGAAUGUCCCAAUGCAGAGCACAAUGGUCAACCUACCCGUCUCACAGUAUAUACAGAGAGUCAGCUUCCAUCAGUACCGAAAAAGCCAUUGAUGGGUCCUUCUCGUGAUGUUCUGGGAGAUGUGACGAACACAGUUCUCCAUUGUACAAGUCCAGCUCAUCCAGUUGUUUCUUCAGCAGUUCCAAGGAAGAUGCCUCGAAGGGCCAUGGUGGACGUCAGCACACAGACAUGUUAUAUUGCCCAGCAUGCUGAAACACAGACAGAGGAUCAACCAGUUGACAGCUCCACCCAGUGUGACCCCGCCAGUAUAUCUAUUGACCAUUCAUAUACUUGUCCCAAGAUGUAUUCACCCCCUCGCCCCAAGAUGUCUACACCAGCCCGCCCCAAGAUGUCUUCACCAGCUCGCCCCAAGAUGUCUACACAGUCGUGGAAACUGUGUGAACUUCCGCAACUUGACAUCAGCUCAGUUCACCUACUGGACUCUACAGAUCUCGAGUUUGAGUUGACCUCGGACGAGUCAGAAAUGUGUGUUGAUGAUGAAAAGUGUGAUCCAACCUUUGAACCUGCGACCGAGGAAAUCACCAGUUCAAGCUCAGGAAGUUCUUUGUCUGUAGAAGACUUGAAUGAAAGUAGUUUUAUUGUUUAUGGCCAGUGUUUGAAUGAACUUCUAGCUGGUGUUCGUUGCAUCAAGUGUGACAAACAAUGCAUGAUUACAAACACUUACAUGAAAGGAUCAUCUCUGACUGUGUAUUUCCAGUGUUCUAACUUCCAUGACUUUCAAUGGAGUACACAGCAAUCAUCUGGGAGAUUUCCUCAUGGAAAUCUACAGAUUGCUGCUGCAGCCUUGUUCAGUGGCCAGAACUAUAGUGUGCUCACACUGUUUGCAGCACUUCUUGGCUUACGCUUCUUGCACAGAACCUCUUACAAUGCCAUUCAGUCGUCUCACCUCUUCAGACUUGUAAAUGAUGCCUGGAAUUCACACCAGUCUGAAUUGUUAGAAACAUUUAAAGGAAAAAUAGUGUGUUUAGCUGGUGAUGGCAGAUGUGAUAGCCCUGGAUUUUCUGCCAAGUAUGGAACCUACACGGUGAUGGACAUUCAAACAAAUGUCAUUUUAGGUUUCCAUGUAACUCAGUGUACAGAAACCAGCAGCUCUGUCCACAUGGAGAAACAUGGUUUGGAAAAAUGCCUUGGUCAUCUUCAAGACAAUGAAAUAACUGUUGAUGUUUUGGCUACUGACCGCCAUGUGCAAAUAAGGAAAUACCUGACUGACAAAUGGCCUGAUAUAAAUCAUCAGUUUGAUGUAUGGCAUCUUGCCAAAUCAGUUGGGAAAAAACUUAGCAAGAAAAGUAAGCAAAAAGGUUGCGAGAGGCUUUCGACUUGGAUUAAGUCGGUGGUGAAUCACCUAUGGUGGUGUUGUGCCACAUGUGAUGGAAAUGGAGAUGUGUUGGUGGAAAAGUGGCUAUCCAUCGUCCAUCAUGUGUGUAACCGCCAUGUAUUUCCUGGACAUCAUGUCACUGAAUGUUGCCAUGGACGGCUAGAGCCAACAGUUGAAAGAAAAACGAAAUGGCUAAAGAUGCAGUCACCAGAGCACCAGGCACUUACAAAUGUUGUAACCAACAAGCUGUUGGUUAAGGAUAUCAGACAGUUAACUCUAUUUUGUCAUACUGGUGCUUUGGAAAGCUAUCAUGCUUUGCUGCUGAAGUACAUGCCGAAGCGGAUCCAUUACAGCCUGGAAGGCAUGAUAGCAAGAACCCAGCUGGCUGCCCUUGACCAUAACCAUAAUGUAAACAGGGCGCAGGCAACAGUAAAAACAGGAAGCAGGAAAGGGGAGAAACGGUUUAGAACAGAAUUUUCCAAACUUUCCAAAUCAUGGAUUGCGAAGAAAAUGUAUGAGAAAAAGUCAUAUGAAUAUUUAGAAAUUUUGAUGGAAAAAACGCUAGAAACUGAAAAAUUAAAUUGCACACGGCCCAACAGCAGAUCGCUCCCACCGAACAUCAGUAGGAAUGAAAAACCAAGAAAAGAGAUCAUAGUUCAAGGUCGAGUCUCUCGAUUUGGAAAAUGA